AUGGCAGAGAAUGCCCUCUUGUCGCAAGUGAGCAGACGAUUUCUCCCUGACAUCACAGAAGACGAUUUUCGGCAUAUGGCUACUUCUAUUCUUGGGCAUCCCGCCUCAAAUAGACUAGGCUCCUUCAUUCAUGCCUUCUCUUUAUUAUUAGUAAGCCCCUUCAUGCCUUUUCUCGGUUACUCUUUCCGCUCUAAGACUAGUGGAAGAAGGGGCAAGAGUGGCUUCGCUCCUACACCUUCCUACACGAAGGGCUGCUCUUACUCUUAG